GAACCCCAAAAUUUUUAGUAUAAAUAUAAUGAAAAAUCUUGCAGAAAGUAUCAGUUUUCUCUGAAAUCCUAAUACAGCCAACAUGCAGGUUCUUGUUUUCGUCGCUCUCUUUGCCUUCAGCCAGGCUACAGUAACAUAUACCAUACCUACCGGAGAUAGCAGCCAUUACAAUUCUGCCGAUAAUUUAGGUAACUACAACUUCGGAUACGAUGAGUCUCACGUCGCUGGUGGAUCCUUCCGUAAAGAGAGUGGAGACGCUUACGGAAACAAAUAUGGGUCAUAUGGCCUGACAGAAGCAGACGGCAGAACUCGUCUUGUCAGUUAUGUUGCUGAUGCAGCUGGUUUCAGAGCUGACAUCAAGACCAACGAACCAGGAGUCGAAUCCAAAGAUCCAGCAGCUACCACCAUCAACAAAGCUUUCUACUCCUCUUCUUAUGUAGCUCCUGUUGCCCCAAAAACCUAUGCUGUAGCUCCUUUACCCGUAAAAACAUACUCCUAUGCUUACGCUCCAACUACAUACAAAACUUACGCUGCAGCUCCCACAACAUACAAAACUUAUGCUGCUGCUCCUACAACAUACAAAACCUAUGCAUCAGCUCCCAACACCUAUUCCUACUCCUACACAGCUGCAGCCGCACCAUUCUCAUACGGCAUAGCUCCUGCUGCCUAUAAAGUAGCACCAGCACCAACAUUUACUUACGCAGCUGCACCUGCACCUUUCAAUAGUUAUUCGCCUGUUAAAUUUUAUACCGGACCUUCAUACAUCAAGUAAACGAAAUUCCCAAAUGAUUUCACAUAUAUUACCGGAAUGAACUGAACUUUAUGUUUUAUUUUAACUUCAACUUUUGUAUUCAUUUUACGCAUGUGCAAUCAACUAACGCUUGCUGAAACUAAUGAAAUUCGGAGUCAAGAAACUGUGUUAU